AUGACUGGUGUUAGUUGUACUUUGAAAUAUAGAAAACUCACGCCGUGUUUCAUUAGUCAUUAUCAUAUUUUAAAGAGAGUAGGAGAACUGGAAUAUAUAGUUUCCUUACCACCAUCUCUUUCGAGUCUUCAUAGUGUGUUUCAUGUGUCUCAACUUCAGAAGUAUGUUCCAGAUCCGUCUCAUGUGAUUCAAACGGAUGAUGUGCAAGUGAGAUAUAAAUUGGCCGUUGAGGCAUCACCUUUGCAGAUUGAGGAUCGUGAAGUGAAACACUUGAGAGUUAAGGAGAUUGCUUCAAUGAAGGUAGUGUGGGGAGAACCUGUUGGUGGGAGUAUGACGUGGGAGCUCGAGAGUCGUAUGCGAGAAUCUUAUCUAGAGCUACUUUGA